AUGUUCUUGUAUGCAUCCAGCUAUUGGGAUGGUGCGAGAACGAGUAUUGCUAGUUUUUGGGAUGGCGUUGGUCUCUUCUGGCAUGGUUAUGAAAUUACUGGAUUAGAAAAUUUACCAGAAGAAGGCCCAGCACUUAUUGUAACAUAUCAUGGAACUCUUCCACUUGAUUUAUACUACGUUAUAUCUAAAGGAAUUCUUUUUAAAAAGAGAACAAUUCAUUGUGUGGCUGAUAAAUUUGUUUUCAAAAUACCAGGUUGGGGCAAAAUGUGCAAAGUUUUUGGAAUGACGCCCGGAACAGUUGAUGAUUGUAUUAAAACACUCAAAGACGGGCAUUUAUUAAUUAUAGCGCCAGGAGGUGUUCGAGAAGCACUUUUUUCUAAUCCUGUAAAUUAUGAAACAAUUUGGGGGAAUCGAUUGGGUUUUGCUAAAGUUGUGAUUGGAGCUGAUGUUCCUGUUAUUCCCAUGUUUACAGAAAAUUGUCGUGAUGCUUUCAGAACUCCCAGAUGGGGCCGACGUUUAUUUAGGCCUCUUUAUGAAAAAACACGUCUUCCUCUUUGCCCAAUUUAUGGAGGUUUUCCAGUCAAAAUGGUUACACAUUUGGGGAGACCUUUAAAGUUUUCUUUGAAUAGUACACCUGAAGAAGUGAAAAAUCAAGUUGAAACAGCGGUAAACAAUUUAAUUUGUGAACACCAAAUACUUCCUGGCAGCAUUUUCCGUUCUUUACUUCAAAGAAUACGUAGAAAACGAACACCAACAAAAGAAGGACAGCAACAAGAAUCUACAACAAUAAUUCCCUCAAUUUCAUCAACUAGAGAAGAUAUAUUAGCAGAAAAUGGAGAAUCUCCACACAAAAAAUUAAAAGAAAAAAGAAUUAAAGAAGAAAUAUUAAUGAGUGAAUUAAGGCCUUCAAAUUUAGAAAUGGCUACAUGUCCAUUACUUUUUGGUGAGGAAGAAUCUUGUUGUAAAAACAAUGAGGAGGAAAAUGAAGGUUAA